CAACCUCCCUUGCACAGCUUCUUUCAUGCCAAGGUGGCCCAUGAGCUUGGUCAUGCGUGGCCAGCAGGUGUACGAAGACGAGUAUAUAGGUACAUAGGUAGGUAGACAACGCAUAUUGAUAGGUGUGUGUUCCCAGUGGCACAUAUAUUAUCUCAACCUGAGCCUGAAGUAGCACGCCUAAUCGCUCGCUCCCCAAACGAGCAGUUUUUAUUGCAAAUCAGUGUGGAAACAUGGUAUGCUCGCGAUGAUGUGCUCGGGCCUUCUCCAAUUCUCUGUUAGAACCCUUGCGGUGACCGCUUUAGCUGCUACUCUCGCUUCUUCCACGUUAGCGAGGAGUGAUGCUGACAGCAAUAAUAACGACAACGGCCGUAGGCAGGUUAGCGGCGUGAACUGCAACGUCGCGGCCUUCGCUAAUUUGCUUCCGAUCGCGACCAAAGUAGAGAAGGUCGAGUACGUCAGCGCCGGAGGCACAUUCGGCGAGCCUUUGACGGAUCUCAUGUACCCGAUCCCGCCAACAAACUUACCAGAAUUAUGCGCUGUUAUCAUAUCCGUCGUUUCCUCGCCGGUUUCAUCAUAUAGAUUCGGAAUAUUCCUACCGGCAGAGUGGAAUGGUCGUUUCCUCACUGUCGGAAAUGGAGGAUUCGGAGGCGGUAUCAACUGGCUGGAUAUGGGCGCCGGUGUCAGGUAUGGCUUUGCCGUUGUGUCAACGGAUACGGGCCAUAACUCAACGACUGGCGAUAUCUACUGGGCCCUCAAUAACCCCGAGAUGAAGGAAGAUUGGGGCUGGCGUUCCCUGCAUGGUACCGUUCUAUUAGGCAAAAACCUCGUCACAGCCUACUACGCAAAGCCCAUCGGCCAUUCAUACUAUAGCGGGUGCUCGACGGGCGGUCGACAAGGGCUCAAGGAGGUACAGAUUUCCCCCGGUAGCUUUGACGGAGUACUUGUUGGUGCUCCGGCUUGGUACACAAGCCACCUCAAUACUUGGAUUGGCAAGAUUGCUACAUAUAACUGGCCCGCCGACGACCCUAAGCAUAUCGACUGGGAAACGCUACCGCCUAUCGGUGCCGAGGUCGUACGCCAGUGUGAUGACAUCGACGGAGUCUCCGACGGCAUCAUCAGCCUACCAGAACAGUGUAACGUAAACUACGACGCCCUGCGAUGCAGCAAUGGCAUCAGUACCGCCGCAUCCAACUUUGCCAAUUCCGACAACUGUCUGAACGACGCGCAGAUCGACACGUUGAAACAAUUGUACACGGGAUUUACACUCGACUCGACCGGCGAGCGCGUGAUGCCCGGGCUACUCCCCGGGUCUGAGAACCAGAUGUACACGGUACUCAACUACUCGGACGCAAGCCCGUACGGCCUAGGAUAUAUCCGAUACUUCCUCUUAGAUAACCCGCUGUGGGAAGCAUCGCAGUACAACGACUCGAUACUCCAGCUAGCCGAGCUGUUGGAUCCAGGUAAUGCCACGGCCAACAACUACAACCUAACAACGUUCCGCGACCGCGGCGGCAAGAUGCUGAUAUACCACGGAGCCUCGGACGGCCUGGUCCCCACCACAGCCGGAAGCUUGUACUACAAACGCGCGGUAGACACGACGAGCGGCGGCGACGUAAACGCCGCGCGCGAAUUCUUCCGCCGCCUCGAGAUCCCGGGGAUGCAACACUGCGGGUUAACAGAGGUCGACGCGCCGUGGGCUUUCGGCGGCGCUAGCCAGGCUGCUUCGCUGGGAAACGACACGUACUCGGUGCCUGGGUUCGCGGACUCGCAACACGACGUCUUGCUCGCGCUUGUAGACUGGGUUGAGAAUGGGAAUCCGGUUGAUCAGGUUAUUGCUACGACGUGGAAUAGCCAGAAGGAGCCGUCGUCGGGAGUGCUGAGGCAGCGGCCGAUUUGUGCGUAUCCCGAUACGGCGCAGUGGGAUGGGACGGGGAAUAUAGACGAGGCUGCGAGCUGGAGUUGUGGUGGUGAUAACUCUAGCCACGUAGCGAACAGCGCGGGUUCGCUAGCAUAUACGAACCCCUUUUCGGUCAUCGUAGAUAUGUUACUCGGGGACUGAACUUUGAGGUCAUAAUUACACGUUUAGUUAGUCUAAAUCCAGUGAGGAUGCUAUGGUCUGAUUGCAUAUAGGCGACAUAAAGAUGUAUGUAGCUUAGGUACUUAGAGGAUGAGCAUUUGCAGUAAGUAACAUGUCAUAGCUUGGUCAUACUCGUAGCCCUUAUUCACGGACUGGUCUGUCUCUUGUUGCUUGAAUAUACUCGUGAAGGAUGUGUUAGACCAGUUGCCCAUAUUUGUGGUAAGUUUACCUUGCGUUACCUACAUAUAUCGAAUUGUCCAAUGAGAUACACACCUACCUACAUAUAAGACAUGUUUGGUAUGGCCGUAGGUGUAAGCAGAAGG